CGGUCGCCACACCCUCCCACCAGAAGUAGCGGCAGAGACGCGGGGAAUUCGCGGCCCGCGGCGUGUUUGAUGAAUGCGACGCAGCCUAAGCAUGGGCGACCAUGGCCUGGAGCUGGCCUCUAUGAUCCCCGCCCUGCGGGAGUUGGGCAGUGCUGCUCCAGAGGAAUAUAAUACAGUUGUACAGAAACCAAGACAAAUUCUAUGUCAGUUCAUUGACCGAAUACUUACAGAUGUAAACGUUGUUGCUCUAGAACUUGUAAAGAAAAUUGACUCUCAGCCAACUUCUGUGAUGUUGCUGGAUUUUAUCCAGCAUAUCAUGAAAUCUUCUCCACUGAUGUUUGUAAAUGUGAAUGGAAGCCAGGGCCAAGAUGAGACCAAAGGCAGCUGUAUUGAAUUCACUAACUGGAUCAUUACAAGACUUUUACGGAUUGCGGCAACUCCAUCCUGUCACGUGUUACACAAGAAAAUAUGUGAAGUUAUCUGCUCAUUACUAUUUCUUUUCAAAAGCAAGAAUCCUGCUAGUUUUGGGGUACUUACAAAGGAAUUGCUCUAUCUUUUUGAAGAUUUGAUUGACCUCCAUGAAAGAAAUGCAUUGGGAGAGUUUGUGGAGUGGCCAGUGGGUGUUAAUCGAUUUUCAAGCCAACUCGAUGAACAUAUGGACUAUUUACAACCAGCCCCUUUGCAAUUCAUAUGCAUGCAAAAUUUAGAAUCUAUUGAAGCCACUUUAUUAAUGGUUCUUACUCGCAUUGUUACAGCUGUGUUUUUUAGAAGACAGGAACUGUUACUUUGGCAGAUAGGUUGUACUCUGCUAACAUAUGGUAGUCCAAAAAUUAAAUCUUUGGCAAUUAUCUUUUUAACUGAACUUUUUGAACUUGGAGGAUUACCAGCACAACCAGCCAGCACUUUUUUCAGCUCAUUUUUGGAAUUAUUACAACACCUUGUGGAAAUGGAUGCCACCCAGUUGAAACUGUAUGAAGAGCCCUUGUCAAAACUGAUGAAGACACUGUUCCCUUUUGAAGCAGAAGCUUACAAAAACAUUGAACCUGUCUAUUUAAAUAUGGUGCUGGAAAAGCUCUGUGUCAUAUUUGGAGAUGGUAUGCUUCUGCGGCUCAAGUCUGAUUUGCUAAAAGCAGCUUUGUGUCAUUUACUGCAGUAUUUUCUUAACUUUGUGCCAGCUGGGUAUGAAUCUGCUUUACAAGUCAGGAAGGCCUAUGUGACAAAUAUUUGUAGAGCUCUUGUAGAUGUUCUUGGAAUUCAGGUAAAUAUAAAGUACUUGUUGGGUCCACUUUAUGCAGCCUUGAAAAUGGAAAGUAUGGAAGUCAUUGAAGAGAUUCAAUGCCAAACUGAACAGGAAAAUCUCAGCAGCAGUAGUGAUGGAAUAUCACCCAAAAGGCGUAGACUCAGCUCAAAAAGACCAUCAAAGCAGUCUGAAGAAACUAAACACCUGAAUAUGGACAAAAAGAGCACAUUAUGGAGUGCACUGAAACAAAAAGCUGAAUCCCUUCAGAGGUCCCUUGAGUGUAAUAGUCUGAAGAAUCCUGUUGCCGAGACUUUGGAAGGAAUCACUGUUGUGAUGCAGCUGACUGCUCUCUGUACUGUUCACUGUUCACACCAAAACAUGGACUGCCAUAUUUUCAAGGACUACCCACAGAAAUCUGAAAGGAAACUACCUUCAGUAGUGAUAACUUGGAUGUCUCUGGAUUUUUAUACCAAAGUGCUUAAGAGUUGUAGGAGUUUGUUAGAAUCAGUGCAGAAACAUGAACUGGAGGCUGUCAUUGAUAAUGUGGUGCAAAUUUAUGAUGCUUUGAUUUAUAUGCAAGUAAGUAAUUCAUUUGAAGAUCAUGUUCUGGAAGAAUUAUGUGGAAUGCUCUCACUUCCAUGGAUUUAUCCCCAUUCUGAUGAUGACUGUUUAAAGUUGACCUCAUUUGCCACUAAUCUUCUGACAUUAAGCCAGAGAGUUUUGGAUAGUUACUCACCGCAGGCACAGUCUCGAUGUGUGUUUCUUCUAACUCUGUUUCCAAGAAGAAUAUUCCUUGAGUGGAGAACAGCAGUUUACAGAUGGGCCCUGCAGAGCUCCCAUGAAGUAAUCCGGGCUACUUGUGUUAAUGGAUAUUUUAUCUUAUUACAGCAGCAGAAUUCUUGUAACCAAGUUCCCAAGAUACUUAUAGAUAAAGUCAAAGAUGAUUCUAACAUUGUCAAGAAAGAAUUUGCUUCUGUACUUGGCCAAAUUGUCUGUAGUCUUCAUGGCAUGUUUUACUUGACAAGUUCUUUGGUAGAACCUUUCUUUGAAUGUGAACAUACAGACCUCUUCUGCAAGAGCCUGAAAGCUACUUCCCAACAUGAAUGCUCAUCUUCUAAACUAAAAGCUUCUGUUUGCAAGCCAUUCCUUUUCCUGCUGACAAAGAAAACACCGAGUCCAGUAAAAUUAGCUUUCAUAGACAACCUGCAGCAUAUUUGCAAGCAUCUGGAUUUUCAAGAAGAUGAAACAGAUGUAAGAGCAGUUCUUGCAACUUUAUUAAAUUUAAUAGAAGAUCCAGAUAAGGAUGUUAGGGUUGCUUUUAGUGGAAAUAUCAAGCAUAUAUUGGAAUCCUUGGACUCUGAAGAUGGAUUUAUAAAAGAGCUUUUUGUCUUAAGAAUGAAGGAAGCAUACACACAUGCUCAAAUUUCAAGAAAUAAUGAGUUGAAGGAUACCCUGAUUCUUACCACAGGGGAUAUUGGAAGGGCAGCAAAAAGAGACUUGGUACCUUUUGCACUCUUGCACUUACUGCAUUGUUUAUUGUCUAAGUCAGCAUCCAUCUCUGGAGCAGCAUAUACAGAAAUUCGAGCUCUGGUUGCUGCUAAGAAUAUUAAACUACAAAAUUUUUUCAGUCAGUAUAAGAAACCCAUCUGUCAGUUUUUGGUGGAAUCCCUCCACUCCAGUCAGAUGACAGCACUUCCAAGUACUCCAUCCCAGAAUGCUGAGAUACGAAAACAGGAUGUAGCUCACCAGAGAGAAAUGGCUUUAAAUACCUUGUCUGAAAUUGCCAAUGUUUUUGACUUUCCUGAUCUUAAUCGUUUUCUAACUAGAACAUUACAAGUUCUACUACCCGAUCUUGCUGCCAAAGCAAGCCCUGCAGCAUCUGCUCUCAUUCGAACUUUAGGAAAACAACUAAAUGUCAAUCGUAGAGAGAUUUUAAUAAAUAACUUCAAGUAUAUUUUUUCUCAUUUGGUUUGUUCCUGUUCCAAAGAUGGAUUAGAACGUGCCCUUCAUUAUCUGAAGAAUGAAACAGAAAUUGAACUGGGAAGUCUGUUAAGACAGGACUUCCAAGGGUUGCACAAUGAAUUAUUGCUACGUAUUGGAGAGCAUUAUCAGCAAGUUUUCAAUGGCUUGUCAAUACUGGCCUCCUUUGCAUCUAGUGAUGAUCCAUACCAAGGUCCAAAAGACAUUACGUCGCCAGAACUGAUGGCUGAUUAUUUGCAACCCAAGUUGUUGGGCAUUCUGGCCUUUUUUAAUAUGCAGUUACUGAGCUCUAGUGUUGGCAUUGAAGAUAAGAAAAUGGCCUUGAAUAGUUUGAUGUCUUUGAUGAAAUUGAUGGGACCCAAACAUGUCAGUUCUGUGAGGGUAAAAAUGAUGACCACACUGAGAACUGGCCUUCGAUUCAAAGAUGAUUUUCCUGAGCUGUGUUGCAGAGCAUGGGACUGCUUUGUUCGGUGUCUGGAUCAUGCUUAUCUAGGUGCUCUUCUCAGUCAUGUAAUAGUUGCUUUGUUGCCUCUUAUACACAUCCAGCCUAAAGAAACUACAGCUAUCUUUCACUACCUUAUAAUUGAAAACAGGGAUGCUGUGCAAGACUUUCUUCAUGAAAUAUAUUUUUUACCUGAUCAUCCAGAAUUAGAAAAGAUUAAAGAAGUUCUCCAGGAAUAUAGAAAGGAAACCUCUGAGAGUACUGAUCUUCAAACAACUCUUCAGUUAUCCAUGAAAGCAAUUCAGCAUGAAAAUGUUGAUGUUCGUAUUCAUGCUCUUACUAGCUUGAAGGAAACCUUAUAUAAAAAUCAGGAAAAACUGGUAAAAUAUGUGACUGAUAGCGAAACAGUAGAACCUGUUAUUUCACAGUUGGUGACCGUGCUUCUGAAAGGUUGUCAGGACGCAAACUCUCGAGCUCGAUUACUGUGUGGGGAGUGUUUAGGAGAACUAGGAGCAAUAGAUCCAGGUCGACUAGACUUCUCAACAACUAAAACCCAAGGAAAAGAUCUUACAUUUGUGAGUGGAGUAGAAGAUUUAAAUUUUGCCUAUGGAUUGUUGAUGGAGCUAACAAGAGCAUACCUCGCAUAUGCAGAUAAUAGCCGUGCUCAAGAUUCAGCUGCUUAUGCUAUUCAGGAAUUACUUUCCAUUUAUGGAUGUAGAGAAAUGCAGAAAAAUGGCCCUGGACACCAACUGUGGAAGAGAUUUCCUGAACAUGUUCGGGAGAUAUUAGAGCCUCAUCUAAAUACUAGAUACAAGAGUUCUCAGAAGUCAACAGAUUGGUCUGGAGUAAAGAAGCCAAUUUACUUAAGUAAAUUAGGUAAUAACUUUGCAGAAUGGUCAGCAUCUUGGGCCGGUUAUCUAAUAACUAAGGUUCGGCAUGAGCUUGCCAGUAAAAUCUUCACCUGCUGCAGUAUAAUGAUGAAACAUGACCUCAAGGUGACCAUCUAUCUUCUUCCACAUAUUCUAGUGUAUGUCCUGUUGGGUUGUACUCAGGAAGAUCAGCAAGAGGUUUAUGCAGAAAUUAUGGCAGUACUACAGCAUGAUGACCAGCAUGCCAUAAGUCCCCAAGACAGUGUAUCUGAUCUGUGUCAACUGAGUACACAAACUGUGUUCUCCAUGCUUGACCAUCUCACCCAGUGGGCAAGGCACAAAUUUCAGACACUGAAUGCUGAAAAACUUAAAUCAAACCGAGAUAAGGUUAACUUAAUGGCACCAAGUGUGAAUUUUGAAGACUAUCAGAGUGUGACUCGAUUUCUAGACCUUAUACCUCAGGAUACUCUGGCAGUAGCUUCCUUUCGCUCCAAAGCAUACACACGAGCUGUAAUGCACUUCGAAUCAUUUAUUACAGAAAAGAAGCAAAAUAUUCAAAAGCAUCUUGGAUUUCUACAGAAAUUAUAUGCUGCUAUGCAUGAGCCAGAUGGAGUGGCUGGAGUAAGUGCAAUUCGAAAAGCAGAGCCAUCUCUGAAAGAGCAGAUCCUGGAACAUGAAAGCAUUGGCUUGCUCAGGGAUGCCACUGCUUGCUAUGACAGAGCUAUUCAGCUAGAACCAGAUCAGAUCAUUCAUUAUCAUGGUGUAGUGAAGUCCAUGUUAGGUCUUGGUCAGCUUUCUACUGUAAUAACUCAGGUGAAUGGAGUGCAUGCUAACAGGUCUGAAUGGACAGAUGAAUUGAACACAUAUAGAGUAGAAGCAGCUUGGAAACUGUCGCAAUGGGAUUUGGUGGAAAAUUAUUUGGCAGCAGAUGGCAAAUCUACAACAUGGAGUGUCAGAUUGGGACAGCUACUAUUAGCAGCUAAAAAAAGAGACAUUACAGCUUUUUAUGAUACACUGAAACUAGUGAGAGCAGAACAAAUUGUACCUCUUUCAGCUGCCAGCUUUGAAAGAGGCUCUUACCAACGAGGAUAUGAAUAUAUUGUGAGAUUGCACAUGCUGUGUGAGUUGGAGCAUAGUGUCAAACCACGUUUUCACCUAGAUGACCAUUGUCAAGAAGACUCUCUAAAUUGGGUAGCUCGACUAGAAAUGACUCAAAAUUCUUACAGAGCCAAGGAACCCAUACUUGCCCUCCGGAGGGCUUUAUUAAGCCUCAACAAAAGACCAGAUUAUAAUGAAAUGGUUGGAGAAUGCUGGCUGCAGAGUGCCAGAGUAGCUAGGAAGGCUGGGCACCACCAAACAGCCUACAAUGCUCUCCUUAAUGCAGGGGAAUCACAACUUGCUGAACUGUAUGUGGAAAAGGCAAAGUGGCUCUGGUCCAAGGGUGAUGUUCAUCAGGCACUUAUUGUUCUUCAGAAGGGUGUUGAAUUAUGUUUUCCUGAAAAUAAGUCCCCAACUGAGAGUAAACACAUGCGAAUCCAUGGUCGAGCUACGCUACUAGUGGGCCGGUUUAUGGAAGAAACAGCUAACUUUGAAAGCAAUGCAAUUAUGAAAAAAUACAAGGAUGUAACCUUGUUCCUGCCAGAGUGGGAGGAUGGGCAUUUCUAUCUUGCCAAGUACUAUGACAAAUUAAUGCCCAUGGUAACAGACAACAAAAUGGAAAGGCAAGGUGAUGUCAUCCGGUAUAUAGUUUUUCAUUUUGGAAGCUCUCUACAGUAUGGAAAUCAGUUCAUAUAUCAAUCAAUGCCACGAAUGUUGUCACUUUGGCUUGAUUUUGGUGCUAAGGCGUAUGAAUGGGAAAAAGCUGGUCGUUCUGAUCGUGUACAAAUGAGAAAUGACUUGGCUAAAAUAAAUAAGGCUAUCACAGAGCACACAAAUCAGUUAGCUCCAUAUCAAUUUCUGACUGCCUUUUCACAAUUGAUUUCUCGAAUCUGUCAUUCUCAUGAUGAAGUUUUUGUUGUCUUGAUGGAAAUUAUAGCCAAAGUGUUUCUGGCCUAUCCACAGCAAGCAAUGUGGAUGAUGACAGCUGUGUCAAAGUCUUCUUACCCCAUGCGUGUGAAUAGAUGCAAAGAAAUUUUAAAUAAAGCUAUCCAUAUGAAAAAGUCUUUAGAAAAAUUUGUUGGAGAUGCAACUCGCCUAACAGACAAGCUUCUAGAAUUGUGCAACAAACCGGUUGAUGGAAAUAACUCCACAUUAAGUAUAAGCACUCAUUUUAAAAUGCUUAAAAAGCUGGUAGAAGAUGUUACAUUUAGUGAAAUCAUCAUUCCUUUGCAAUCGGUCAUGAUACCUACACUUCCAUCAAUCCCGGGUGCCCAUGCUAAUCAUGAGCCAUUUCCAGGGCAUUGGGCCUAUCUUGCAGGCUUUGAUGAUGUGGUAGAAAUUCUUUCAUCUCUUCAGAAACCAAAGAAGAUUUCUUUAAAAGGAUCAGAUGGAAAGCUAUACAUCAUGAUGUGUAAGCCAAAAGAUGAUUUGAGAAAGGACUGUAGACUAAUGGAAUUCAACUCUUUGAUUAAUAAGAUCUUGAGAAAAGAUGCAGAAUCUCGUAGAAGAGAACUUCAUAUCCGAACAUAUGCAGUUAUUCCACUGAAUGAUGAAUGUGGCAUUAUUGAAUGGGUGAACAACACUGCUGGCUUGAGACCUAUUCUGACCAAAAUAUAUAAGGAAAAGGGAGUAUAUAUGACAGGAAAAGAACUUCGCCAGUGUAUGCAACCAAAGUCAGCAGCUUUAUCUGAAAAACUCAAAGUAUUCCAUGAAAUUCUCCUGCCCAGGCAUCCUCCUGUUUUUCAUGAGUGGUUUCUGAGAACAUUCCCUGAUCCUACAUCAUGGUACAGUAGCCGAUCUGCUUACUGCCGUUCUACUGCAGUAAUGUCAAUGGUUGGUUAUAUCCUUGGGCUUGGAGACCGUCAUGGUGAAAAUAUUCUGUUUGAUUCUUUCACUGGUGAAUGUGUACAUGUGGAUUUUAACUGUCUUUUUAAUAAGGGAGAAACCUUUGAAGUUCCAGAAAUUGUACCAUUUCGCCUGACUCAUAAUAUGGUUAAUGGAAUGGGUCCCAUGGGAACAGAGGGUCUAUUUCGAAGAGCUUGUGAAGUUACACUGAGGCUCAUGCGUGAUCAAAGAGAGCCUUUAAUGAGUGUCUUAAAGACUUUUUUACAUGAUCCUCUUGUGGAAUGGAGUAAACCAGUUAAAGGACAUUCCAAAACAACAAUAAAUGAAACUGGGGAAGUUGUCAAUGAAAAGGCCAAGACCCAUGUUCUUGACAUCGAGCAACGAUUAAAAGGUGUAAUCAAGAAUAGAAAUAGAGUAACAGGGCUGCCUUUAUCAAUUGAAGGACAUGUGCAUUACCUCAUACAAGAAGCUACUGAUGAUAGUUUACUGUGCCAGAUGUACCUUGGCUGGACCCCAUAUAUGUGAAAUGGACCUAUUUUGAAAGUAUUUUAAGAAUCUAAAAUGAAUGCUUGUUAUUAAUCUAUUUAAUUGUAAAGUACAACACAAGUUUUUUAUGUUCUCAGAGCAACUGCUAUUCCUCUUUGGUUUUUGACAAUAUUUAAGAUAAUCUGUUUUCAGUUUUCGGAAAAACUGCUUUCUUAUGACAUAAUAUACAUUUUAACUGGAGAAAUAGAACAUUACAUGUUCUUGUAGUUAAAAACAUAAUUGCAAGAAGCUAGCCAAUCCAUCUUCAUUUUACAGUUUUUAUUAAUUCCUUUUUCACAGUGUUAGGAUAAGGUUUUAUUUGAACAACAGAAUAUUUCACAUGCACACUGGGGACAGGCACCACACUAGAUUUGUGCACAGAGCUACUUCUUUUGCCCUGUAGGAAAUGAUAGCACACCACUAACAUUACGUCAUAAAACUUUUUCAGUGUGUAUGACCGUCCAUGAACUUAUAUGAUAGGGGAGAGAGGUAUAAAACAAUAAAUAUGACUGUGAAAAAUAA